AUGUACUUAGAACCCAAUGAGUUUUCGAAAUCUUUCAAAGAGAUCAAAGCUACUUCCUUGUCACAUUCUACCUGCAAAUUGGUGAUAUACACUUCAUGCUUGAACAUAGAUGCUCUUUGUGGAGCCAAAAUGUUGUCCAUGGUAUUCAAAAAACAACUUAUUCCGUAUCAGUUGAUCCCUGUUGUGGGAUACUCUGAUCUUAAAAGUCAUUAUGAGAAAAUAGAUGAGGAUGUGACCAAUGUAAUAUUAAUUGGAUGUGGUGCCAUGGUUGAUCUAGAGAAUUUUUUUGAAAUAGAUCCGGAAGACUACAUCAAUAGUGAUCCAACAUCAUCAAGGAAACUCAAGAGGAAAAUAUACGUAAUAGAUGGCCAUAGACCUUGGAAUUUAGAUAAUAUCUUCGGGUCCGAGAUUGUGACGUGCUAUGAUGAUGGGCAUAUCAAUGAAGAUUUGAGUAAAGAGCGAGAGGCAUACCAACAGUUGCUUGAAAUCCAGCAGCGUGAGGACAGCGAUGAAGAGGAGACGAAUUCUGAUGAAGAAAAAGAGAACGAUAGUGAUGAUGAAAGAUACCACGGUGAUGAUGAUGAUAAUGAUGAUGAUGAAGAGAAAGAAAAGCCUGGUAAAAAAAGGAAGAAUGAUGAAAUUUUAAACUCGUGUGAAGAAUCAUUAGAAGAAUACUAUUCCCAAGGUGCAACAGUAAUUACCUCAGUAACAGCACAAGUUUAUUCAAUGGUAUCCUCUCUAAGUGACAAUGAAGCCGAUAUCGACACACUAUGGCUUUCAAUUAUUGGUACCACAUCGUUGGAUUACGGCCAUCCUCAAGUUUACAAGAAACUAUAUCCACUCUUAAAAGAUGAAGUUACUAGAAUGAGUCCCCAGUUUUUGGGAGGAAAUACAUCUCAAAGAAAACAAAGCAAUGAUGCCUCAUAUAUUGCAAUUGAUAAGGAUUAUUACCUAUUUUUAUUACGUCAUUGGUCGUUGUACAACAGUUUUCUUUACUCAAAUUAUGUUAACUCUAAAUUGUAUCUUUGGCAAGAAGAAGGUAGAAAGAAGCUUAAUAAAAUGUUUGCAAAAAUGGGGAUUAGUUUGCAGGCAGCAAACCAGAAUUGGCUAUAUAUGGAUAUUGAGAUCAAGAAAAAACUAAAUUCAAUCUUCAAGAAGUAUCUUGGUUUAUACGACUUAGAAGAUUUGAUAAGAGAAGGUUUUGUUAGGCAGUUUGGCUAUAAGGGCUCUAUAUCAGCAAGUGAAUACGUGGAAUCAUUAGCUGCUCUAUUACAACAUGACUUAGAGGAUACGCAGAAUGAGAAUAAUGUCAACAAGGCCGAUGAUGAGGAACAUGGAAGCGAUGAUGAAGAUGUAUUACUUAAAGAAAAUGAUCAAACAGAAAUUACAAGAAAACUCGUGGAGAAAGAGAAAAAAUGGGUAAAUAAUUUCUGGGCAUCAUGGGACGCGUUAUCUACCGAAAAAGUGACAUUGAAGAAAGAUUCCUCAAAGAAGAUUGAUGGUAUAGAUUUGAUUAAAAAUGGUCUAGAUGUGGCAAAAUGUUAUCAAAAAAUUAUCUUCAAAACAGGCGUGAUGAUUAUGGAGAAGAAACUUCUCAAAAGUUUGAGAGUCUUCAGAUUAGUUGUUUUGAAAGAUGAUUCUAUCCCGUAUUUAAACUUCUACAGAAAUCCAUUGAAUUUAACACGACUUGGUCAAUGGGUCCUUGAAAGUUUGGCAGAACUUGAUAACCAACCAUUGUUGCCUUUAGUAUUAGCAUCUUUGGACUCGGAAACAGAUACAUAUCUUGUUGUUGGUUUGGCGCCAUUAUUUCCAAGAAAUUCCGAGGAUGAAAACAAUAACGAGAAUGGGAAAAGGAGAAACAAGAGAACAAAACGUUCGAAAAAUGGUAAAAGAGGAAAUGCUAAGAGUGGAAGUAAUAAAGAGAAAGAAGAAGAGGAAGAAGAGGAAGAAGAAGAAUUAUUUGGGAUAAACAAAGUAUUGCUCAAUACAUUUAGUGUCGCAUUUCAACAAGUUGCCAGUAGCACGGGGGCUAAGGUGAGAAUCGACAGUUUUGAAAGCUCGGUAAUAGAAAUUAGAAAAGAUGAUUUAUCGCCGUUUCUCGAGAAAUUGACACUUUGUGGAUUGGUUUAA